CGGAGCUGGGGAGGUUCUUCCCCAGAGGCUCUCACUGAUGUGUGCAGGGAUGGCCCCGGGGCUCGGUGCUCCCCCAGCAGUCCCAGCCAGGCUGGUGGUGCUGCUGUCCCUGCUGGGUUUGGCUGCAGCUGGGAAGCUGCUGGUGGUGCCGGCGGACGGGAGCCACUGGCUCAGCAUGAGGGAGGUCCUGGAUGUUCUCCAUCAGAAGGGACACGAAAUAGUCGUCGUGGCACCCGCAGCCACUUUGUACAUCAAGCCAUCCAAGAGUUACGAGUUGAAGUCCUAUGCGGUGCCUCUCACGCUGGAAGGGGUGAAGAAAGAAUUGGGGGCAUUUCUGCAGAUGUCCUUUGAAGAGGGAUUUUUCCUGACGAGAUUUUUCAAAGCGUAUGAAGGCCUGAAAAGACUGGGUGAAUUGACAGUUCACGGCUGUGAGUGUCUCCUGAAAGACCAAGAGCUCAUCAGGUAUCUUGAGGAGAGCAAGUUUGAUGCCCUCCUCACAGACCCUGUAUCGCUCUGUGGGUUGAUCCUGGCAGAGCAUCUUUCCCUUCCCUCCGUGUAUUUCCUCCGAGGAGUCCCCUGUGGAUUGGAUUUCGAAGCCACCCAGUGCCCCAGACCCCUUUCAUAUGUUCCCAGGGACUUAUCGCAGCACACAGACCACAUGACCUUCCUCCAGAGGGUGGAGAAUCUACUGUAUGAGAUCUCAAAUUAUUUCCUCUGUGAUUUUGGCUUUCAAUCGUUAGCCAAACUGGCCUCGGAGUUCCUGCAUCGGGAGGUGACAGUGCUGGAUCUCCUGCGCCGGGGCUCCGUUUGGCUCCUCAGGGCAGAGUUUGUGAUGGACUAUCCCCGGCCUUUGAUGCCCAACAUCAUUCCCAUUGGAGGGGUGCACUGUGCUCACAAGAAGCUGACUCAGGGUGAAGUUUUGUGCUGCAGGGAGGAAUCGAGUUGCCCUUUUGGGUGA